UGCUUGUCCACUUUGCAUCUGUAGUCCACAUCACUCCUUUCAGAGUGAGGAACAGAGAUUUGUGGAAUCCUGGAGCCAGUGGAGCAAACAGCAGCAGCUCUGCUCAAUCUAAGCGCCAACAUGUUGUACCUGGAGACAGGAACCACGACGACCUACAACGAGUCUCAGUAUACCAACCUGGGGCUGCUGAACAGCAUCGAGCAGAACACCGGCUCGACCUCCACCAGCCCCUACAACAACGAGCAUGCUCAGAACAACGUGACCGCUCCGUCGCCCUACGCCCAGCCCAGCUCCACCUUCGAUGCCCUCUCCCCAUCGCCGGCCAUCCCAUCCAAUACAGAUUACGCUGGACCCCACACCUUCGACGUGUCCUUCCAGCAGUCCAGCACAGCGAAGUCUGCCACCUGGACGUACUCCACAGAUCUGAAGAAGCUCUACUGCCAGAUCGCCAAGACUUGUCCCAUUCAGAUCAAAGUGCUGACCCCCCCUCCGCAGGGAGCUGUUAUCAGGGCCAUGCCUGUUUACAAGAAAGCCGAGCACGUGACCGAGGUGGUGAAGCGCUGCCCGAACCACGAGCUCAGCCGCGAGUUCAACGACGGUCAGAUAGCACCGCCGAGCCAUCUGAUCCGCGUGGAGGGGAACAACCACGCCCAGUAUGUGGAGGACUCCAUCACUGGCAGACAGAGCGUGUUGGUCCCCUACGAGCCCCCCCAGGUGGGGACAGAAUUCACAACUAUUUUAUAUAACUUCAUGUGCAACUCCAGCUGCGUGGGUGGAAUGAACAGACGCCCCAUCCUCAUCAUCGUCACUCUGGAAACCAGAGAUGGACAGGUGUUGGGCCGCCGCUGCUUCGAAGCCAGGAUCUGCGCCUGCCCGGGCAGAGACCGCAAGGCCGACGAGGACAGCAUCCGCAAGCAGCACGUAACGGACGCCUCCAAGAACAGUGAGGCCUUCCGCCAAGUCUCCCACGGCAUCCAGGUGUCCACUGUGAAGAAGAGAAGAUCUUCAGAUGAGGAGGUUUUCUGUUUACCUAUCAAAGGCCGUGAAAUUUACGAGAUCUUGGUCAAAAUCAAAGAGUCCCUGGAGCUGAUGCAGUUCCUGCCGCAGCACACAAUAGAGUCGUACCGGCAGCAGCAGCAGAACCUCCUCCAGAAACAAGCUUCCAUGCCGUCUCAGCCCUCCUUUGGCUCCAGCUCCCCCACCCAUGGAAAGGUGAACAAGCUGCCGUCUGUGAGCCACCUCAUGAACCCCCAGCAGCGCAACACGCUCACCCCCUCCAGCAUGUCUGGAGGCCUCACCGACAUGACCCCCAUGAUGGGCUCCCACCUCCCCAUGAACGCUGACAUGAGUUCACUGAGCCCCACACACGCACUGCAGCCACAGCUACCCCUGGUGCCCUCCUCCCACUGUACCCCCCCUCCUCCAUACCCUAUGGACAGCAGCAUCUCCAGCUUCCUCCUUCGGCUGGGCUGCGCAGGCUGCCUGGAUUACUUCACAGCUCAAGGUCUAACCAACAUGUACCAGAUUGAGAACUUUAACAUGGAGGACCUGUCCAGGCUGAAGAUCCCCGUCGAGUUCCAGCACAUCAUCUGGAAGGGCAUCAUGGAGCACCGACAGGUCAUGGAUUUUUCCCCUCCUCCACACAUAGUGCGCACCACCAGCGGAGCCUCCACCGUCAGCGUGGGCUCCUCCGAGGCCCGAGGGGAGCGCGUCAUAGACGCCGUGCGCUUCACCCUCCGCCAGACCAUCUCCUUCCCGCCGCGCGACGAGUGGUCCGACUUCUCCUUCGACCUGGAUUCUCGCCGCAACAAACAGCAGCGCAUCAAGGAAGAGGGCGAGUGAGGAAGCCCCCCCCCCCGCCCUCCAUGUCCCCCACCCCUCAUUUCACCCCUGCUCAUGGAACAUUUCAUUUAAAACCCCAUUUUUGGUGCAAAGGCUCCCGAGGAUUAAACAAACGUGCCACUUCCUGCCGAAAUGCACUUAUUUUCUUUUUGUAUCGGUUCUUGUUGUCACAGAGGAUCAUUUAUCUUUUGAUUUCUUAGGAGCACUUAAGAAACGACGAGUAUUUCAAUGUUGCUUUGGAACUUUGUUGCCCAGUUUAUGUUUCAUUCCCAAAAGAAAGUUUGAGUGGAAGCAAACGCUCGUCUGGGUUUCUGCUGCUGCCACGGACCGGAGCAAGCGUACUUUUACCGUUCUGUUAGCGGAGAACACAUCUGUGGCAGAUGUUUGAAUCGAUUGUAAACAUUUCAUUUCCUCUCAGAAGUAUUAAACCACUGGACGGACAAACUGUUUCCUGCUGUAACUGUUUUAUAUUUUGUGUUGUGUUUGUGUGGAGACCAGCUUCCUGCAGUUUGCUUCUGAAGUGAUUCAAGUGAAAGAUGUUUAUUUGCUGUAGCCACGUAUAGGCCUGAUGCUCCUGACCCAGUGUUUAAGGUACAUGACUGAUGUCUUUCUGUUACACAAGCCGCAGUUUUACGUUUUUUGUUUUGCAGUUGAUGCAGAGUACGCUCAAUUGUUCUGGUAUUAUUUCAUUUGAUAACUGGCCAAAGCACCAUCUAUAUGUGUACAUAUAUACAUAUAUAUAUAUAUUUGUAUAGUGUCCCUAAAGGAUCCAAGCAUUCUGACGUUAACAGGAAGACAGUUCACGUUUACUUUGUUCCAAGUAGCAGUCACUGUUAGUGAGCAGCAGUCAAACAGUUUUCAUAUUUUUGUACGUUUUGUAAAUAUAUUGCAAUUUUUUUCAAGGGUAUUUUGAUAUAAAUCU